CCUAUCAUCAUCAUUGUCGUCAUUAUUUUACGGAACAAACAAACAAACAGACAGACAAAGAAAAAAAAAGACCAACUUUAUCAUCAGUUUCAAAAUGGCUUCAAGCUAUGGAAAACGAACUUGGUUCCAUGAAUUAGUUGGCAUCAUUUCAUUGUUAUCGAUGGUUGCCUGUUUUCUAAUGUUGGAUCAUAAACCCUGUCAGAUACCGUUGUUGCCUCGUGAAGAAUUAUCUCGUUGGACUACUAAACCGAUAACUGGAACAGAAAUAUCGACAAAAUCAUUGCGCAAUAAAAAUCAGACCACCAUUGCAAAAGAAAUGGAAUCAUUCAUUGAAAAUUAUUAUGAUUCAUUACAAAUAUUUCAUACGGCAAUCGGUUGUUGGUCAAUCAUUAUCAUGUUGUUUGGCUGUAUAAAUAUUGUGCCAAAACAUGAAGAUUUUAAAGUGAUGACUAUUUUACUUAUGGUAUUAAUCAUGGGAUUUGCAGCCCUUUUUGCCUUUUAUACAGCAUUUUUAGCAUUCCAUAAACCAUGUCGUGCAUUUCAACAACAACAACAACAACAACAACAGCAACAGAACAACCACCACCAUCAGCAACAAACAAAACAAACAUUUAUAAUGACUCGUGCAAAUUUACGACAAUUACGUUAUUAUUAUAGCCAAUUACAGCAACAACAACAACAAAAUAGCAGCAGCAAUAUUAGUAGUAGUAAUGUUAAUCAACAAAAAGGCCUUAAAUCAACGACGAUGUUAAACAAUAACAAUAAUAAUGUGAAUGAUGAUAAUGAUCAAAAUAAAUUAUUAUCAAUAACAAAAUUUACAAUACCAUUAUUUCAGAAUAAUUUACAGAAUAUUCAGCUACCAUUACCGAAUGAAUUGAUUUAUAUGUUAGAAUUUCGUUCAAUCAAAGAUAAAAGACCAGUGAAUGUGUUUGAAGAUGAAGAUGAAACAAUGAUACGUGUAACGUUGAUCAAUUCAGCCAUUGGUUUCAUAUUAUUAUGUUCGGAUUUUUUAUUCUUUUUCGAUUCACGGCAACAUAUGAUUGAAUGGCGUAAUUGAAAUUAUUACCAAAAAAAAAAAAUGAAAAUGAAAGUGAUCAAGAUUACCAGCUAUAUAUAUUGUAUUUCAAGUCUAUUGUGAAUUGAAUUUUUAUCGUGCAAAAAAAAAAGAAAGAAAAGCCUAUAUACCAUAUUUUUAUUGGAAGCAAAUAAAAAUUGAAAAUACAACGAAUCUAUCGAGAUUGAAAAGAUUUCAAAAAAAAAAAAAAUUUUAUCAAUCACAUAAAACGGCUGAAACAUUAUCAUCCUGGUUCCAUUUUUGAGCCAAUAGAUGUUCGAAAUGAUGGUCCACAUUCACGCGCGGCAUUGUCCCUUAUGUUUUUGUUAUAAUUGCCAACAAUUAUAUAUAAAUUGAAUUGAAUUAUAUGAUUUAUAAAACAAAAAAAAUGAUA